AUGGUACAGAAGAAAUUUUCACGCAGGCUUUCGGAAUUGGUAUCGAAAGCCACUUCCAUCGAUUUUGCCAAAUUUGAAAACACGAACGAAGAUGCGGAAUCUGACGACGGCUCGGUGGGCCAGAAAAUUCUAGAAGUUCAAAAGGUCAAUCGACCUCCGAUGAAUCAGGAAGAGUUCGAUGAGCGAUUUGCAUACGCGAAACCGGCAGGCGACAGCCAGCUGAAGCGGUCGGCAAAGAAGUUCUUCAGGAGAUACACAGCCCCAUUCAACUCCUUCUACGCAUUCCGGCACUUCCUGGUUUCUACCAUUCCAAUCCUGGGCUGGCUGCCAAAUUACUCAUUCCGCGAGGACCUGUUUUACGAUAUUGUGGGCGGGAUAACGCUGGGGAUAAUGCAUAUACCACAAGGUAUCGCCUAUGCCGGCUUGGCACAACUGAACCCGGUGUAUGGUCUCUACACUUCGCUAUUCCCUGUUUUGGUCUACAUGUGCUUUGGGACUUCACGACAAUGCUCGAUUGGCUCCUUCGCCGUCGUCGCACUAAUGACGGGCAGUGCCGUGACCCAAAUCGUCAAAGACCACCCCGAAUUUGCCGAUCACAAGGAGCACAUAACAGCCAUGUUAUGCAUGGAGGCUGGGCUGAUCCAGUUCCUAAUCGGCUUUGUCGGCCUCGGCUUUAUCACCACCUAUUUUUCCGAUGAGGUGGUGAACGGGUUCACGACGGGGGCUUCGAUCCAUGUGUUUUCGCUACAAUUGAAGGACAUGUUUGGCAUCCAUUUGGAGAAGACGAACGGGUUGGCGUACUUGCCGCAGAUGUACGUCGAGCUCAUCAAGAAAAUCGGACUUGGCCAGACGAACUGGGUCACCUUCGGCGUGGCCAUGUCGACCAUCGUGUUGCUGCUCAUCGGCCGCGAGUUGAUCAACCCGACGUUGAAAAAGCGGUGCAAACUUCCGGUCCCGAUUCCCUUCGAGUUGAUCAUGGUCAUUUUGGGCACGGCUGUUUCGGCCCUCCUCCACUUCCACAGUAAGCACGCCGUGAAAAUUGUUAACGUCAUUCCGAGCGACUUCCCAGCCCCGGCGCUCCCGCACUUCGAGCUCAUGUUCGACCUCAUAUCCCCAGCCAUCUCCAUCGCCGUCGUCAACAUUGCCGUCCACAUCUCCCUGGCCAAGAUGUUCGCAAAGAAGUUUAACUAUGAAGUGGACACUACACAGGAAUUCUUCGCACUCGGCCUGACCGGGAUGCUGUCUGGGUUUUUCCCGGUUUUCCCUGCUGCCUGCUCGAUGGCUCGGACCGUUGUGAAUGCAAAUUCAGGAACGAGGACCUUGCUCGCCUCGCUGGUCUCGUCGCUCGUCAUCUUGCUAGUGAUUCUAUUUGCCGGUCCUUGGCUUAGGACCUUGCCAAUGUGUGUCCUCGCCGCAAUCAUCGCCGUCGCGUUGAAAUCGAUGUUUGAAAAGUUUGGCCAGCUGCCAGUGCUCUGGAAGGUGUCGAAAAUCGAUUGCUCGAUUUGGGUGGUCGCCUGCCUGGCUACUGUAUUUGUUGACGUCACUUACGGAUUGAUAAUUGGGAUCUGUUAUGCGCUAUUUACGACCAUCAUCCGAGAGCAAUGGCCUCGCUGGCACGUCCUCGCCAAUAUUGGAGGCGAUUUUGACUUCCGGGAUGCCGAACGGUACCGCGAUGCCUUCUUCUUCAAUGGUCUCUGCAUCCUCCGCUUCGACGCGCCGCUCCUAUUCACAAAUGUCAACCGCUUCAAGGCCACGGUAAACAAAAUGGUGGCAGCAAUGGACAAGCAAAUUAUGACUUUGGAGACGCACGAAGAGAAGCCGAUUCGAAGCUUGAUCAUCGACUGCUCAGGCUUCACAUUUAUCGAUUUGAUGGGGGCGAAUAUUUUGAAAGAGGUCUACAUCGACAUGGAACAACGCGGGGUUACAAUGUACAUUGCAGCAGCGAAAGCGCCACUGCGAGAAAUUUUCGAAUCGAGUGGCUUCUACAAAGCCGUACCAAAAUCCUCAUUUUACCCGACAAUCUUUGAUGCGGUCGCAUUUGCGAGGAUGAAUCAGAAAGAUCUUCUAAUGACCGUUGAUCAUUCACGGACUUCCUCUUACUACUAUGCAAAUCAUGCGCUCAAACUUGAUGAGGAAGAACCUGCGGCCCAAGCACCUCUGCGGUCUUUGACUAUAGCC